AUGUGGUGUGUGUACAGACAAUCUGGAGAAGAAACGUUGUCUGCCAGCAGUGAGCAAAGUAAUGAUGAUGAUUUGUCAAAACCUACUCGUCAACCAGGAAAUGUACUUUCUCCUAAUGAUGAUGUUCCACCAUUAUAUCCUGCUGUUGAUGAGCCAUUAGCAGAGGACAUACUCAAUGCCACCAUAAAUGGGCAUGAAGGAGAUGAGCCUGAAGAUGAAAAUGAUGCACAAGGAACGAAGACCACUACCUCAUCAAAAUACAUCUCCACUGUACAAGAGAUAUCACCACAACAAGCCAUCAAGAUGGAAAAGUGUAUUGUUUUCACUGACACUGUUAUGUCUUUACUCAUGUCUUUUCAUGGGAGUGAAUGUAAACGACAAGAUUGUGGCCGGACAUUGCAUUAUAGGAAGACCUAUGUGGGAACCUGCCUUGUGGUAUCCUGGGGGUGUCAGUCUGGCCAUGUUGGGGGAAGAUGGGCAGCUCAACCAUCUUGCAACAAAAUCAGAGCAGGAAAUCUUAUGCUUGCAUCUGCUUUGUUGUUAUCUGGAAACUCAUACACCAAAGUGGGGUUGAUGUUCAAUUUCUGCAAUCUGCAGUAUUUUUCAUCAACGCUGUUUAAUCAGUAUCAGCAAUUGUACAUCAUCCCUGCAAUCAAUGAGUUCUGGGAGCAACAUAAGCAACAAGUUUGGGAGAGUAAGCAAGGGACAGAAACUGUGUUGAGUGGGGAUGGUAGGAAUGACUCACCUAGUCACUCAGCACAAUACUGCACUUAUAGCCUGGCAGAUAUGGAAGAUAAGUCCAUUCUCCAAAUGAAUGUUGUGGAUGUGAGGGAAGCAGGAAGAAAGAGCAAUAACAUGGAGAGAAUUGGUUUUGAAAGAGGGAUGGAUGUACUGCUUACAUCACCAAUCAUUGUGAAGGAGGUUGUUACAGAUGGUCACCUUGAAAUUGCAGCAUUAAUGAAGAGAGAAGAAAAGUACAAAAAUGUUUUACAUCAGAAUGAUGUUUGGCAUGGAGGAAAAAGCCUUGUUAAGAAAAUCAAUGCUGCAGCAAAAUCGAAAUGCAAUGAAGAUCUCACACUUUGGGCACCAUCUAUCCGAAACCAUUUCUGGCAUUGCUCAAAAACCUGUGAGAAUGAUAUGAAAAAUUUAAAGGCAAGAUUUUGCACAACUGUUCAAGAAAUAUAAUUACAUAAACUGUUUAGUUUUAGGUUUUUUCCAUAUUUAUACUGUGAUCAGGACUCAACACAUAAUUCAGGUUGCUAUUGUUUAAUAGGACAAAUGGGUAGGGAUAUUACAUCAUGUGGUGGAUGAACAUGAAUGGGUGUUGGAAGAAGGCAUCAAUGAAGGGAAGUGUGCGCAUGAUCCACUGAAUGAGGUGGAACGAAGAAAACCGUGGUUGAAGAAAGACUCCCCUGCACACAAAGCCCUUACCAAGAUUGUUCUAGAUACCUGGUUCCUGAACACACUUGGAUAUUACACCAACUUCAGGUAUUGUACUGAUGUUGGUUUGGGCAAGUUAAGAAUCGUAUGAUGUAACUAUCAGCAUAACUCCCAUUUAUCAAUCUGUUGUCUAAUUAUUGUUUUAUUUUUCUAAUUUGAAGACAUACUGGCUUUCUAGAGUCAUUCCACAACCUUAUUUUGAUGUAUGCUCCUAAACGCCAUGCCUUCUCGUGAGUAUAAACAAUUGAGUGUAGUUAAAAAUAAUAUUAUGUUUUAAAUACAAUUACCAUUUUUUAUUGCUUGAGCAAAUUUAAUUACAUGUACUGUAUGUAACUAAACAGUGGAUAAAUGGAUUUAUUAUAAAUGGAUAUAUUUGAUAUUUUUAGAUACACUGUAUACCGGGCCCGAAAUCAACUUGCUGCACUAGACCAUAACCAUCACAGGCGAAGAGCACAUGCAACCACUGCUGAUGGUCAGCCAAGGUAACAUAAUGACAGUCUAAUCUUAUAAUAACUUUAAUAAUUCUACCUAUUUGUUAUUUAAUUUGUAAUUUAUGUACUUACUACAUGAAAUAAACCUAAGUUUGUUAUUAUGAUAGAUUUGGGCGCAAGUUCAGUAAAAGA